AUGGCAGACCGGCAACAGUAUACCAUCGGCUGGAUCUCCGCCCUCUCCACUGAGUCCGUCGCCGCCCAAGCCCUGCUCGACGAAGAGCACCAUGACAUCCGCACCCGCCCUCAGAAUGACAAUAACAACUAUACUCUGGGCCGGAUUGGCCAUCACAAUGUUGUCAUCGCCAUACUGCCAGAUGGCGAGUACGGGGCUGCCUCAGCAGCUGCAGUGGCUCGAGACAUGCUACGAACUUUCCCGAAUGUGCGUCUUGGCUUUCUAGUAGGCAUCGGCAGCGGAGCGCCCAGCCUGAAGCAGGAUAUACGGCUUGGUGAUGUCGUCGUCAGUAGUCGCUCCGGGGGAAGAGGCGGCGUGCUUCAAUACGACUAUGGCAAGGCCCUCCAAACAGGGAAUGCCUCGUUCCAAUACAUGGACUUCCUGAAUCAACCCCCAAUGGCACUCCGGACGGCCGUCGCCGCGCUGAAGAGUAAGCAUAUAAGAAAAGGGCAUCAGCUGAACGCUAAGGUCGAAGAAGCGCUGCAGAAGUGGCCGCGGCUGAAGCUCGAGUUUUCACGCCCACCACCAGAGAGUGACCGCCUCUAUAAGUCUGAUAUCCUGCACGCAAAUGCACGUCAGGACUGCGGGGCUGUGUGUGGCAGCGAUCCAGCACUUCUAGUGAGCAGGGCGGAGCGCGGCGAGUAUCAGGAUGAUCCUGCAAUUCACUAUGGGUUGAUCGCGAGCGCGAACCGGCUAAUGGAAGACGUGCGGGUUCGCGAUCGAUUGUCAGCCGAAAAUGGCGUCCUUUGCUUUGAGAUGGAAGCAGCCGGCUUGAUGAACCACUUCCCAUGCCUGGUGAUCAAAGGCAUCAGCGACUACGCCGACUCGCACAAGAGCAAGGAGUGGCAAGGCUUUGCAGCCAUGACAGCGGCGGCCUAUGCCAAAGAGCUUCUCUUGACCAUCCCGCCCGAUCAACCACGGCAGGAGACGCUGAGCUCUCAAGCGAUUUCGGACCCAUUGCUUCAUAAGAUGGUUUUAUACAACACGCGUGAAGCGUUAACUGGUAAAACGCAUGAGCUGAACGUGCGGUUCGAGAACGGAAAGCGAAUCGAAUGUCCCAAAAGUCUCUGA